GCUGCCAAUCGUAUUCUGAAAUUUCGUAAAACUGAAAUUGCCUAACGCUGUGUAAGGUUAAAGUUUCGAAGUUUAUUAUAUACAAUAAUAAUUUAAUAAACAAAGGUCACCGUGUUUGCAAUUUUUGUACUCUUGGAUGCCGCGAAAAUUAUGUAUAAAGCAUUAUUGUGAGUGUUUUAAUAAGUGUUCUGUGUUGCAAACAAAUUUUGGAUAAGAUGAAUUUUCCUAAAACUCCUAAAACCACUCCUAUUACGGAUGACUAUGAUAUUUCCUCUACAGUCCUCGGCCUUGGAAUCAACGGAAAGGUUGUUGAAUGCAAGGAAAAGAAAACUGGUAUGCGCCGGGCAUUGAAGGUGUUACAUGACAGCCCGAAAGCCAGGCGAGAGGUUGAUCUCCAUUGGACUGGAAGUGGGUGUAUGCAUAUCGUAGAAAUCAUUGAUGCAUACGAUAAUACGUAUGGUGGGAAACGGUGUCUGCUAGUAGUGAUGGAAUGUAUGGAUGGAGGGGAACUGUUCCAGAGAAUCCAGGAUAAUCGGGAAGGAGCAUUUACAGAGAGGCAGGCAGCUGAGAUUAUGCACUCUAUAUGCGUAGCAGUACGCUACCUACACGACGCGAAUAUUGCACAUCGGGACAUCAAACCCGAGAACCUGCUCUACACAACCACAGAGCCGAACGCCAUACUGAAACUCACGGAUUUUGGCUUCGCGAAACAAACGACGAAUCACACAGACACAUUACAAACACCUUGUUAUACACCAUACUAUGUUGCGCCGGAGGUCCUGGGUCCAGAGAAAUACGACAAAUCGUGCGACAUUUGGUCGUUAGGCGUAGUGAUGUAUAUAUUACUGUGCGGGUUCCCACCUUUCUACUCGAAUCAUGGUCUUGCCAUUUCACCAGGAAUGAAAAAGCGGAUAAGACUAGGUCAGUACGACUUUCCGGAGCCUGAAUGGUCGAACGUGUCUUCAGACGCCAAGAACCUUAUACGAGGAAUGUUGUCUGUGGACCCGGCAAAGCGGCUGACAAUACAACAGGUGAUGGCCAGCCCUUGGGUCCGUCAGUACACCCAAGUGCCCCAAACUCCACUGUACACGGACUCAGUACUGCGGGACACGAAUGAGGCAUGGGCCGAAGUGCAGGACGAGAUGACCAGGUCGUUGGCCACGAUGCGAGUCGAUUAUGACCAGGUAGUGCAAAUAAAAUCCUUGGAGCAAAGCAAUAACUCACUACUCAACAAGCGGAGGAAUAAAGUUGGUGCCUAAAAGUACUUAUAUGACGCAAAAAUUACUAUAUAUUUCUGUCUCCCUCACAUUGUAUCCAUAUGAAGGAGAGAAUACUAGGUAUUUAUUUGUAUGAUUUAGUCAAUUAAACUUAAAUAUAUUGCCAUCUCACUCACGUAUUUACAAAGCAAUAGAUGAGAACGAUUAUGAAUUUUGUUGCCUCGCUCACAUUGAUUUAAAAUGCGCGUUUAUACAAAUGUUUUUUAUAGUUAGUUCAGUGUUGCCAUCCCGCUAUUACGAAAAUUUGAUUGUAGUUUUAACACGUAAUUAUACCUUUUGUAUAUUUGCUUAAAAUUACGAAAUUUUUAAACAAAUCUUACCAAAUUAAUCGGUAAUUGGUAAUGAGUGAUGGCAACACAUAUAAGUACACAAUACGCUCAAAUUGUAUUUAACUGUCAAUUUAACUAAUUAAAAUAGACUAUAACUGCUUUCAUAAUGCCCUGUUAAUUAACUUCUAUUCAAGUUACUCUCAAAAAUUAUAUACGAUUCGUAGUAAUUACCAUUGGUAUGUUAAAGAACUCGAAAGGUAUAUACUUUGGUAUAGUUGUAUUGAAAAACUGUACUGCCCUUAAAUCAAUUAAUAAUUUAAAAAAAAAAGUACUUAUGUACACACGUUAGAAGUUAUACUUCUUUGGUGUAUGGAAAAAAUAACUAAAAUGCAGUAG